CUUCCUGUUUAAACAUGGCCGCCCGCUGACAAAUGUCACGUUACUUCAGCUGCUGAAAACAUAAAGUUAUUAACGCUAUUAACGUUAUUACUUCACCAGCCGUCCACCGGAUUCAAAGGGCUGACACCGGAGGAGAUUUAGCUUCACUUCGUUCAACAUCCACGGAGGGUAAUCCAGUCAGCACCAUGGUUCAUUUAUCAUCACUCCUGCUAAAGAAUUACCACGGGGGUUACGUUGUCAUCCGAUUGGCUCUUGCAGGCCACAAACAAGCGAACAGACCCUUUUAUCGCAUUGUGGCAGCUUACAACAAAAGGGCAAGAGAUGGAAAAUAUUUAGAGCAGCUGGGCACCUACGACCCCCUCCCAAACAUCUACAACGAAAAACUUGUCAGCUUCAACUUUGACCGAAUAAAAUACUGGAUCGGCUGUGGUGCACACCCUACAAAGCCAGUGGCCAAACUUCUAGGGUUGGCAGGAUUUUUCCCUCUGCACCCGAUGACAGUAACAGAGGCAGAGCGUAAAAGAGCCCAAACGGUCCUGACAGAAACAAGAACAGAAGAUCUCGAGGAGGUUCAAAAGGAGGCUGAAGUGUGAGAAUUAAAGCUGAGGACUGUGUGUGACUGUCCAGAACAAAAGGAUGUCGCAGUUAUUUGGAGAAAGAACAGACUGAUUGGUUUCCUAACUUGUUGGGUGGACUGUUCAUAGCAACGUCAGCUCCAUAGCAGCUAUGAACAAUUCAUAUUAAAACUGAUUCAAUAGCUUCAUGUGAUGUUGGUGAGAGUGGAGUGCGAUAACAGGCAGUUGUUUGUAUUUACUGUUUUAUGUGAUUUAAAUAAAGUAUUUCAACAUUG